UGGAAGUACACAACAGCCAACAGUCCUAUCUCACCUGGAAUCGGCAUCAAUUCUACAAGCCAGGCAUGCAACCCAGGCCAGGUGCAGCCUUGUUGAAAGUGCUGUCCUUUCACUGAGAUGACUAUGGCUGGGUGAGGAAGGUGAAGCAGGGUUCACAGCUGAAGGCUAAUUGGCAGAAGAACAAUACUUUUUUUUGAAACGCAGCAAGUUCUUGCAAUCUGGGAUGCACCUGCCUGCAAGAACAGUAGAACCAGAUUCAACAGGAGCUUUCAAAUACCAACUGAUCUCAGAUUAGUUUAUUGUCACGUACACCGGGGUGCAAUGAAAUUCCUUGCUCACUUGAAGCACACAGAGGAAACGGUGUACAUAAUAACAACUACAAUAAAUACAGCAACGCAAGAGCAAUGGAAUGGUGCAGAGUUUAAUAGUGCAAACUGAGACUUCUAAAACUUCUCCACGAUGAGCGGAUCCAGGGUUUUGUCCAUCGCUGACAUCCAGACAGAGCACGAAAGGAUUGAUGUCCCCAGGUUGAGACUGACCCUGCAGCGUGAAGUGGACCCAGCAUGGAAGGACCAAGCAAAAUCCAAGCCUGUGGGAAGAGUUUACGCCGUCAUCUCAUCCCGGAGCAGCGGAGAUGAGCCGUGGGAUUGUGCACAGGAUCGGCCUGCCAACGAAACCACCAAGGCACGCUUAUUGUACGAGCCGGAUGUCAAAGGCAUGGCCCUCGACACCCAGGAGAACCCCCUUGGGCAGCUCCGGAUGGAACUGGCACAUUUUAAGGAGGUGAGACAUUCAAUGGAAAGGAUCCGUGACCAUCUCUCCAUCAGGAUGAAUGGAGCCCGGGUCAACGCUCUGGAUGAUCCCAUCAAGUCUGAGGGAUUUUCCAGGCCAGACCUCGAGGGAGAGCGGACUCCAGUGUGUGGACUGACAGCUGCAAGCACUCAGACGGACGGCUGGGAGCAGGAGACAGAGCAGAUGCGGCAGGCCACGCGGAGGCUGUACGGGAAGCUGAAGGAGGCUGAUGGGAGGCACGAGAGGGAGAUGAGGCUCCUGGAGGAUCAGGCCAGCCAGUACCAGAAGCAGCUGGGAGACACCAGGGAAUCACUUCAGAGGUCAGAGGAGAGGGUCGUCCAGCAGGAUAAGCGGAUCGAGGAACUCCAGCGGCUGAUGGCCGGAAUGGAAAAGGAGCACCAGAUCCUGGCCGCCAAGAUGCAGGAGGGCGAGAGGCAGCUGGGGGAGAUGAGAGCACAGAACCGGGACGAUGAGGCUCAUCGCCACAGGUCGGAGAGGCUGGAGGAGGAGGUCAAGACCCUGCGGGAAAAGAUCUCCCACCUCAGCGACAUGCUGCAGAGUCAACAGAGGAAAGUGCGGCAGAUGAUCGAACAGCUUCAGGCCUCCAGAAGUCAGAUCGAGGAAAAGGAUCUGUUAAUCCAGCAGCUGCAGGAGCGAGUUGAACAUCUGGAGUCCGAGAACCGGGAGCUGCAGGAUCACAUGGAGUACCUGAGUUGCAGCAAGAGCGCGCCCCAGUGCAGCCUGUCUGAGAGCAGUGCCCAGGGGGCUCCGGACCAGCACAGCCUCAGAUGCACCGAGAAAGCAUCCUACCCAGAUGCAUCCCGGCUUGGUACGGCAACUGUCCUGCCCAUGACCACAAGUGAUUGCGGACAGUUGUGGACGCAGCUCAGUACAUUACGGAAACCAGCCUCCCUCCUCACAUUGACUCCAUCUACACUUCCCACUGCCUUGGGAAAACGGGCAAUGUAAUCAAAGACCCACCGAUUCUCCUCCCCUCGCCCGUUGGGCAGAAGAUGCAAAAGUCUGAAAGCACAUACCACCAGGGGCAAGGAACAACUUCUACCCUUCUGUUAUCAGACUCUUGAACAGACCUCACACACUAAAGACAAACUCUUGAUCUCCCAG